GACGAAUGGCUUGGCAUGCUGUACUAGCAGCUAAUAGUGUAAUAAUGGACUGAGGCACAACUCUACUGGAGUUAUAAAGCCGAGAUGAAAAUAAAAUCCCAGGUAAUUCAAACAUGGUAAAUUAAGAGAAUGAUGUGCCACUUGUAGUAUGAAUGGCUAAAUUAAACAAACAGGAAUUACAUAACAACACAGAUGAAGUGGUCGUAACGGUUUUUUGAAGUUAAAAUCAUAAACAAAUGGUUCAGGAAUUAUAAUCCUCGGUGGCUAAUUGGUGGAACGCUAAACGCGGUAAAAAACAAAAAACAAAAAACAAACAACAAAACAAAACAAUAAUUGACUGGAUUAUUUUUAGGAGUGAGAAAAUGACAAUAACAACAAUAACUUUCUUAUCGCAAGGAACGCAACUUGGAAAAAAAUGAACCGCAACGCUUCCAGGCUUGACGACGGCAAUGUACUAAGUGAGGUGAGAGAAAUGAAAAAGCAAAAAUGAUGACAGCCCAGAAGGCCAGGCGCAAAAUAAAAUGAAGAGUUAUAUGAAACAGAAAACCAGCUGCUGAAGAAAGCAAGUCACUUGCAAGACACACCUGGAAAACAAUAAUGCAACAAAAAAGUAACUUUCACAAAAGGGAACAUAUACUGUAUUUUAUAUAGCUUGGGACAUUUGUAUCGUUUUAAUGAAUACAUAUGUGGUUAUAUUAUUACCCUAAGAAUUUGAGAAAAGACUACGGGAAAAGACAACAGUACAGAAGGGACAGACAAGCGGAAUGUAAAACCACAAAAGUUAGGAUUUUGUAUUAAAAAAACCCCUACAGAAUAGCAGGGAGAAAAAGAGAACUCCAAAUCUAAAUACAUGUGAAUGAAAGUAUUGUUUUACUAUUGUUGACAAUAAAGACCUGCGCGUUUGCGUCAGUAUUGCUGCUUGUUUGGAGUUUCUUUUUAUAGACCCAUCAGCUCUGUUUUGCGUCCAGCGUUUGUCGGAGUGCACUUACAUUCCAACCCCCAACCGGCCCUAAUGACAGAUGGCAGCAGCAUGAUGGACCACAAUGUGAUGGAGAAGGUGGAUCAGAUUUUAUCAGAGUUCCGACUGACAAAGGAGGAGCUGAAGGAAGUGAUGCGAAGGAUGCAGCGGGAAAUGGAGCGCGGCCUGCGGCUGGAGACUCAUGACCAAGCUAGCAUCAAAAUGUUACCCACCUACGUGCGCUCCACCCCUGAAGGCUCCGAAGUUGGUGAUUUCUUGUCCCUGGACCUGGGUGGGACAAACCUCCGAGUAAUGCUGGUGAAGGUGGGAGAGGACCAGGAGGGAGGCUGGAAAGUGGAGACCAAACACCACAUGUACUCCAUCCCUGAGGAUGCCAUGACCGGCACUGCUGAAAUGCUUUUCGAUUACAUUGCUGAGUGCAUCUCUGACUUCUUGGACAAACACAACAUGAAGCACAAGAAACUGCCCCUGGGGUUCACCUUCUCCUUCCCUGUGCGUCACGAGGACAUUGAUAAGGGUAUCCUGUUGAACUGGACAAAGGGGUUCAAAGCCUCAGGAGCAGAGGGAAACAACGUGGUGGGGCUGCUGAGGGAUGCGAUCAAAAGGAGAGGGGAUUUUGAAAUGGAUGUGGUAGCCAUGGUGAACGACACUGUGGCCACGAUGAUCUCCUGUUACUAUGAAGAUCGCACUUGUGAAGUUGGGAUGAUAGUAGGGACGGGCUGCAAUGCUUGUUACAUGGAGGAGAUGCGCACAGUGGAGCUGGUGGAGGGAGAUGAUGGACGCAUGUGUGUCAACACAGAGUGGGGGGCGUUUGGAGACAGGGGAGAGCUAGAAGAGUUCAGACUGGAGUAUGACCGUAUCGUGGAUGAGACCUCCAUCAACAGUGGACAGCAGCUCUAUGAGAAGAUCAUCAGUGGGAAGUAUAUGGGAGAGCUGGUGCGGCUGGUCCUGAUCAAGCUGGUGAAUGAGAACCUGCUCUUCAAUGGAGAGGCCUCUGAUAUGCUGAAGACCAGAGGCAGCUUCGAGACUAGAUUCGUCUCCCAGAUUGAAAGUGAUUCUGGGGACCGCAAGCAGAUCUACAACAUCCUGACAUUGCUGGGCCUGCUACCCUCAGAGCUGGACUGUGAUAUCGUGCGCCUGGCGUGUGAGAGCGUGUCGACACGGGCGGCUCACAUGUGUGGCGCGGGGCUGGCUGGCAUCAUUAACCACAUGAGGGAGCAGCGCAGGGAGGAGGUGCUCAAGAUCACGGUCGGCGUCGACGGCUCUGUGUUCAAGCUGCACCCCAAUUUCCAACAGAAGUUCCACGCAGUGGUGAAAGAACUGACGCCUAGCUGCAACAUUACCAUCAUCCAAUCAGAAGAGGGGAGUGGCCGGGGGGCAGCCCUGAUCUCAGCAGUGGCUUGCAAGAUGGCAUGCAUGCUGAGCCAGUGAGGUCACUGCAGCCUUUAGCUACUGGGGGCAGCCUCUCUGUAUACUACUGAACCACUUUACCAACAUUAACACUGUGCCAAACUGGGCAUCUAAUGUAAGGGCUUUUCUUUCAUCCUGGUAUCCAAAGACUUGGAUUAGCUCAAGGGAUUCAGAUCAGGAAGAAAAAGAGACAUUCAUAGCAGUAAGCACAGAUUCCCACUCCACUGCUUGACAGAUCAGCUGGCUUCACAUCCUGUACCAGGAGUUCCUUCAGACACAGUGUUCUGUGUUCAGAUUGUCAGCUUGAACUUUCCAAACAAAGAGUUUGAAAAGAGAUAUGAAACUGAAGUAGAGUGAAUUUUUCAGUCCCUCUCCCCAAUAGGGUAAUUCUUUAAGUCCAGCAAAUAAAAACAGAAGAGCAUAAGAAAUUCUUAAGAACGAGAAGAGUCCAUUCAGCCUAAGUAAAGUUUUGUCUAAAUGAAAGCAUGGUACCCAGUGCUUAAUUUGUGCUGGGCCACAGCCCCAAGACCUCCGGCACCUCUUACAUUAUGAAAGUUAAAAAUCUCAUCCUUUGAUGAGAUAAUAAGAAUAUGAGAUUGAAGAAUAAAAAGGAUGCUGACUUUUGUAAGAAUCAGUGUAAUUCUCGUAGCUUGAUUGGGGGCAGUGUAAGAUUUAUUCUCCUAAUUUUCAAGUAAUCCCAGGCUAUUGGCAGAAUCAACACUUUAUAAACUUAGUUAAAACCAUUUAAUUUGAUGUGUUGCAGCCAAGUAAUCACUGUGUGUUGCAUUUCUUGCACGCUGAACUUCAAAAUAAAGCUACUGGAAAGUUUAAAUAUUUCAGGGCUGGUGGAACACCGCCUGGUAUAUUGUGUAUAUUUUGUAUGUAAAUGUAGUGGUUGUAUUAUUUAGAAAUACAAAUCAUUGUAAAUAGGACAUUUCAGAACUGUAGACUGCUGUGUUGUGCAGGGCUGUGCAGUGCAAUUGAAGUGUACAUUUAAAUUUAAAUAAAUAAAUAUAAAUAAACAUAUAACUACUAUGGCCAAAAUGACUAUGACUAACGAUUUACAAGCAGCUUUACUCUUGACAGGGAAAACUGAAUACAAGUUAAAAUGAGACUUUUCUAUGAACUAGGAUCAGUGUAACUUUUACAGUAGCUCAAAUAGGACAGGGGGGGGGGGGGAUGUAUUAUACUGAGAUCACAAGAUACAUUAUCUCAGGAUAAUAUUUCAAACAAAAAAUAACUUCUAUGAAAUAUACUGUUAUUUCCCACAGUGCACACACUUCAUUUCAAACCCAUACAGGUAAUCAUUUUGAAUUGUGUUAGCUUAUUCAUCCAUACCUUUGCACACUCUUUGCACACACCCUAAAAUAAAAUGAAACAACGUGUUUAGACAUAGAUAUUUAAAUGUAGAUUUUCAAAAUUAGUUCCCUAGUUGUUAUUAGCAAAUUUUUAUCGGACACCAAUAAAGUAAGCAAACCUAAAUAAAAGCACUUGUGAUUUAGAGCCGUGUACUGUAAGCAGUUCCACGCUGUUUAAUAGGUUUAUAACUGGGGUUCUUUCCAUACACUUAACAAUCACACCUGCUUCUUCACUAACCUAAAGGUCCGUGGUUUAUCUAGAUGAUAUUGUGGGCCUGCCCAGACGCUCAGCAUUAGGGAGCUACAUGUUUAUAGUCAAGUGGAAUUGCAAUUGCUGCAUUCAAUUCAAUUACCUGUGAAGUAUUUUUCUGUAAACAAUAAAAUAUACCUUUGAAUAAAAAAAUUUAAAAAAAUCUGCUGUUUUUUUUUUUUUU